AUGUAAUUAAAAGACUCUCAAACUCAUUUAGAUUAUCAUGUAUUCAAGUAGUACUAUGAUAUUGGUGUUGUUUAUUAAUGUUUGAAUCGUUAAGUUAUCUAUUAAUCUAUGUCUUAUUAAUACUUAACCUUUGGAUUAACAAUUCUAUUGGCAAAUUAUUUGCCUUUGUAAAUUAUUUUAAAAGGUUUCAGAAUUUUCAUUGUAUAGAUUAAACUUUUUCUAGAGUAUUAUCAUUAAUAUAGCAUUGGUGAUAAGUAUUCAAAUGUAGUUAUAGUAUUUCAUUUUGAUUUCUUGAAUUACUAUAUAAGGAAUAUUUAUAUAGAGAAAAAAGUAACAUCCAACAGACCUUUAGAAGAAAAAUGA